AAAACAAGCAUGAGUUUAGGCUAAGCCUGUGAUUCCCAUGUCAUGUUAUUAUUAUAGUAUUUUAAGAUUUUUGAGAGACAAACACUCAGUAAAAUGAACCAAAAAGCUGUUAUAAAAUUGUGUAAAGAUUUAGGAUGCUGUGACGCAUGUUGUCUUAGGUAUUUAGGACUUAAGAAUCCAACAGCAUAUGAGAAUGUUCAACAGUUUGUUCACAAAAUUUGUGAAGAAAGUGGCAAACACGCACAAGACACAGAGACAAGAGACCUGCCCACACAGCUGAGAGAAUCAACGGCUGAGCAGAACUCAACACAUCAAUGUCCGGAGCCGCCCACAAAGCGAAUCAAAGUUGGUGGUAUCUGUGUCAGCUGCUUGGGAGUGCUUCAGGAAGACAAUUGGCAGCCAUGUUGUGACAUGGUCAAAGAAGUAUUGGACAAGAAGGGGUACGAGUGCGAGACAUUCGCGUGCGCACUGUCCGCGCCCAUCGCCGCGCUCGUGCGCGAGCGGCUCGUGGCGCUGCAGCUGAAGCACGACCUGCUCGAGUACGACGACUCGUCGGUGACUCCUCUCAAAGAGGCGUGGAAGUGGUCAUUCGGGGUCCGGCUGGCUGAGCACGUCGGCAAAACGCUGGACUCGGGCGCCGUGUCUCCGCUGCUGAUCACUCUGCACAUGGAGUAUCCGGACGAACUGCAGGAGCUGGAGGCGCUGAAGGCGCUGGCGCCGGCGCUGUUCGAGGCGAGGCGUGCCGCCGGUCGUCGCUUCGGGGUGGAGUUCACGCGGACACAAGAGAACGUGAACGAGAGAGACAACAAACAUCUAUCUGCGUACUUAAUAAUUUUGGAAAUACCUACGGGCACGGUGGCGCGCACCACCGCCACCACCACCACCACAGCAAACAAGCCAGCCGCAACACAGCCAAGGGGCGAACCAAACGCCCCUGGCACCCUAAUGGCCGCGGCAAAUGAGCCGGGCGCUAAACGCCGUGCAAGGCGUAGACGCAGUAAGAGUUGGCGCGCACCACCACCACCACCACCACCACAGCAAACAAGCCAGCCGCAACACAGCCAGAGGGCGAACCAAACGCCCCUGGCACCCUAA